GUCAGGUUAGACUCCAUGUUGUUUGGACAUAGCAGAAGGAGGACAAGUGAAGGCUGAGUCAGGUUUGUUUUCCUCGUCUUUAUGUUGUACGGCUUGUAUGCACAACAUAUUUGCCUCAACGCCCUCUGAAGUGCAUAAGAUGAGUGAUUGUGUGGAGGAAGGGGAGGAGAAAGCAGAGUCUGCAGUAUCCAGCUGUCUGUCUAUAAAGAGUGACCAGUCCAAGGAUCCUCCACCACAGUUCAGUAAUGAACCUGGACCCUCAGACACUCAAGGUCGGUACCACACCCAGAAAGCAGAGUCUGCAGUAUCCAGCUGUCUGUCUAUAAAGAGUGACCGGUCCAAGGAUCCUCCUCCACAGUUCAGUAAUGAACCUGUACCCUCACACACAAAAAAGACAAACAGAAUAAGUGUUUCUGUGGAGGAGCAGCCAUCCUGCUGUGCUUUGUGUCAGGACGUCCUGAAGGAUCCAGUCUCUACCAGCUGUGAACACUGGUUCUGCAGAUCGUGCAUCACCUCAUACUGGGACCAGUCUGCUUCACCAGGAGACUCCUCCUGUCCCCAGUGUGGAGAAAGAUCCAGAAAGAGAGCUGAACUGCAGACAGCCAGUCAGAGCAGCUCUGUCCAAACAGAUAGUGGUCUGCAGGAAGUUUUAGAUGCACAUAAGGUCAAUGUGAGGAGGAGAUGUGAACGUGUGACUGAAGGAAGUGAUGAAACAGGAAGUGGAACCCUCCUCAACAGGAUCUACACUGAGCUCUACAUCACAGAGGGACAGAGUGAAGAGGUUAAUACCCAGCAUGAGGUGAGGCAGCUUGAGACUGCUUCAAAGAUGGAGAACCUCCAUGAAACUCCAAUCAAGUGCCACGACAUCUUUAAAGCCUUACCUGGCCAACAGAAACACAUCAGAGUGGUUCUGACCAACGGCGUCGCUGGCGUUGGAAAAACCUUCUUAGUGCAGAAGUUCACUCUGGACUGGGCAGAGGGCUUGGAAAACCAAGAUAUCAGUCUGUUGGUUCUGCUCUCAUUCAGGGAGCUAAACUUGAUCAAAUAUGAGCAGUACAGUCUUCUCACGCUGCUCCAUGUUUUCCAUCCAACAUUACAGAAGGUCCCAGCAGAGAAGCUCGCUGUCUGUAAACUGUUGUUCAUCUUUGACGGCCUGGAUGAAAGCAGACUUUCAUUGGAUUUCCACAACAAUGAAGGUUGUGUCUGA